UUUAAAGCAUUAAAGUGUGUGCUGCCUCAAAAAGAGAAUUAUUAAGUUAUGAAGGAUCUGACAGAGCACUUCCAGCUUGAUAUGCAAUCCUAGCUGUUCUUAAUUGCUGUCAUAUGAGACGUCUGCAAAUAUUCAUGAAUUUAUGAAAACAGGAAUGUUAUGCAUGGAUUUCCAAACUAUGCUAUUGACUGGGGAAAAAUGGGAGCAUCAUUGCACAGAUCAGCAAGAGGGAAAGCCAUAGGGGGCAAACCCCCAUAUCUAAUGCCUUUCUUUGGCAUGUUUGGAUAUGGAGGUCCUGUUGCUACCAUGUGUUUGGGAAGACGUUGCAUUGUUUCAUCAAAAACAAAGAAUCGUAACAAAGUAUUUACACUACACCUGGAAAGAGAAGCAUUAGUGAGCUCGUCAUGCUCAGAAAGCUGCUGGAAGACAAAAGGGGGGAUCAGAGAUCCGUUAGAAGAUGAAAAAGAGAAUUCACCUCAUGGUAGCUUCACGAAAGUUGAGAUCUUUGAGCCUAAAAUCAAGAUUGUGGGCAUAAAACAUCUACGGCGCAAGUUAAAGGACAUUUACUUUCCCUAUAUCCAGUGCGAUGAAAUGUCUGGAAAAACAAGCAUGCCUAUUAAAUUUCAGGUCAAUGGAGAAGAUUUAGUGGGAAUACAGGGAGGGGAAGUGGCCACAACAUACUUGCAUUCGUGCAACGGUCCAAACUUUAUUCUGCAACUUCACUUUAGCAACAGUCAGGAUACUUCUUCGCUUGGUCAAUGUCCAAAAGUGCUUCUAGAAGCAAAUGCAAGACUGAAGUGUGUUUACUUUCCCAUUAUCAAGGGCAAAGAGAGCAUUCAGAAAAUUAUAGAUGAGUUAGAAGCAGAUGGUUGUGGAAUCAGAGAGAGCUAUGAGAGUUUUAGUCGUGUAUCUGUAAGAAGGUUGGGUCGUCUCCUGCCAGACACACGCUGGCCUUUGCUUCCAUUUAUGGAGCCAAAACAGAAAGUAGGUGAGAAGGCACAGAUUUUGAAAAGGUGCUGCUCUAGAGUCAAGUGCUUAAUAGACACUGAUUCUGGUUUCAAUCCAACACCUAAUAAGAUGGACUUGGCCCAUCAUCACCCAUACACCAAGGCAUUAAAGAAUUUUGGCAACAGGGUUCCUGACAAUGAAAAAGAUGUGCAAAUUGAAAUAUUUAGAGACGGAAAGAAAUUGACUCUCGCGCAAUUGGAAAAGCAGUAUGGUGAUUGGAUUUCCGAAAUGCAUGAUCGAUAUGAUGAGGAGAUUGAUGGAGGCCUGGAUCAAGCCACUCUUGUUGUCGUUUCUUCAAACUUUAAAAAGCUUGGCAUAUCUUCAGAUGUUGUGAGGGUUCAUGAAAAGAUCGAGUGGAAAGGAACAUGCUGGGCUGCUGGUCAGAAAAUCAAAGUUCUAAAGGGAGCUUGUCCUGGAUGUCAUAAAAACAAUGUAUUUGCUACACUGGAAUACAUAAUCCUUCAAGGGCUUCCUGGAGAUGCUUGUGGACGCUGGAUUAUUGGUGAAUUGCUAAUCUCCUAUAUUGACCUGGAUGAAUGCUUCAAAGUGUUCUCCUUUGGUGAGGCCCGACUAAUUUGCAGGCCACUUGGUGUACCAAAAGCAAAAGGUUGCCGACUCUUGGUUGAAAAAGGAACCAUUGACAUUCGUGACUCUCUAUCGUUACCAAUCAGAGUGCUUGACAGUGGAAAGUGCUUGCUCGUUGAUGAUACCGAGUGGGAGAGCAAGCUUCAGACAUACUACUAUCAGAAAUUGCCUUCUGCCAUUGAUCUAUUAAGCGACAUAGAUUGUCAUGAGUUGAAAGUUGAUGGGGUUAGUUGGGCAAUUUUUUUAGAUUUUCGUGAUAAUUUUUCCAUGCUCCAGAUUUGAUUUAUAAAGACCAGAGCUAGAGAUUUUUUUUAUAUACACUCAUCCACUAUAUUUUAUGAUAGAAAGGAAGUUAUAGUACUGUGAUUUACAAGCAUUUAUCGUUUAAAUCCUUUUGUUUGUCAUCCAUAGCAUUCAUAGAUCAGGCGGUUAGUAUAAAGGCGCCCUUGUGG